GCGGCGGCUUCCCCCCGAGCCGAGCCCGGCGCGGCGCACGGAGCGGCGGAUCCAUUUUGCAUCGCUACACGCCGGCUCCGGGCAGCCUGGGCGGGCGGCGGGCGGUGCGUGGUCGUGCGGGGCGAGCGCGGAUCCCUGGCACGCCAUGGCCGUGGAAGGUGGGCUCGCCUGGGCGCUGGGGCAAGCAGCCGCUGCCCGGCGGUGAAGCUGCCCCUUGCCGUCCGAAAGCCCCCGGAGUGACACUGACAAAAGGACGCGGCUGAGAGAGCUCCGCUCCGAGCCCGCGGAUCGCGUGGCAGCGCUGCCGUCUGGCUGCAGCGCGCCGCGGGGGCUUUUUGUUCUGGUCUAGUCCCAGGCGCGAUCCCAAGAAGAGGAGCUGGAAGCGGAAACGCUCCUGAAAUUUGCCCGGGUUUCUGGUUAUUUCCUGGUGGAUUCCUCCUCCCCCCCCCGCGGAUUGCAACAUCGCUCUCGCUUUUCCCUCUGGCUUGGUCGCGCUGGGAUUUGCUGAUCAUGGAGACGGUAGAAAAGGAGUGCGGAGCCCUGGGGGGCCUUUUCCAAGCCAUCGUCAAUGACAUGAAGAGCUCCUACCCCAUCUGGGAAGAUUUCAACUCCAAGGCAACUAAGCUGCACUCCCAGCUCAGGACUACAGUGCUGGCAGCAGUCGCCUUCCUGGAUGCCUUCCAGAAAGUGGCAGACAUGGCCACCAACACACGAGGGGCCACAAGAGACAUUGGUUCGGCACUGACCCGGAUGUGCAUGCGGCACCGCAGCAUCGAGGCCAAGCUGAGGCAGUUCACCAAUGCCCUGAUGGAGAGUCUCGUCAACCCCCUGCAGGACAGGAUUGAGGACUGGAAGAAAACAGCCAACCAACUGGAUAAGGACCAUGCAAAAGAGUACAAGCGAGCCCGCCAUGAGAUAAAGAAGAAAUCCUCUGAUACGCUGAAGCUGCAGAAGAAGGCCCGCAAAGAGCUACUUGGGAAGGGGGACCUACAGCCCCAGCUGGACAGUGCUCUCCAAGACGUCAAUGACAUGUACCUCCUUCUGGAAGAGACUGAGAAGCAGGCUGUCCGCAAGGCCCUCAUUGAGGAGCGGGGCCGCUUCUGCACCUUCAUCACCUUCUUGCAGCCAGUGGUGACUGGGGAGAUCACCAUGCUGGGAGAGAUCACUCACCUUCAGGGCAUCAUGGAGGACCUGGUGGUGCUGACCGCAGAGCCGCACAAGCUGCCCCCUGCCAGCGAGCAGGUGAUCAAAGACCUGAAAGGCUCUGACUACAGCUGGUCCUAUCAGACUCCUCCAUCCUCCCCCAGCAGCUCUGGCUCCCGCAAGUCCAGCAUGUGCAGCAGUGUUAACAGUACAAAGGGUGGUACCGCUUGGUCCGGCGGGUCCCAAACAUACUCACCAGGUUCCACCUAUCGCUACCGCAGCCUGGCGCAGCCGGUUAAUGCCAACACCCGCCUGUCCAGCGUCUCCUCCCACGACUCUGGCUUCAUCUCCCAGGAUGCCACGUACUCCAAGCCGCCUUCUCCGAUGCCGUCUGACAUCACCAGCCAGAAGUCCUCCAGCUCCGCAUCCUCCGAGGCCUCGGAAACCGGCCAGUCAGUUAGUGAAUGCAGCUCCCCCACCUCGCUGAAACCUAUGAAUGUAGCUCAUGUGGCCAGGACUGAAGGAAGCUCCCGAAGAAGCCUGAGCCUGGAUUGGUCCAAGGCCAGUCCUUACGACCAGCCAGUGGUCACCACCCUGCAGCGGAGGAAGGACCGCGUGGAGCAUCUGCGGGAGGCCGAGAUGGGCUCUGCCAGCGUGGGGCACCCAGGAAUUAACCUGGAGGACGUGCCCAGACCCAGGAUGUCCCCAGCUACCAUUGCCGCCAAGCAUGGUGAGGAGGUGUCCCCUGCUGCCAGUGACCUAGCCAUGGUGCUCACCCGUGGCCUGAGCCUCGAACACCAGAAGAGCAGCCGGGACUCCCUGCAGUACUCCAGUGGCUACAGCACACAGACCACUACACCGUCCUGCUCAGAAGACACCAUCCCGUCUCAAGGCUCGGAUUACGACUGCUACUCGGUGAACGGAGAUGUGGAGUGCGACAGCCAGAGCGAGUUUGACAAAUCCUCCACCAUCCCGCGCAACAGCAACAUCGCCCAGAACUACCGCCGCAUGAUCCAGACCAAGCGCCCCGCCUCCACUGCUGGGCUGCCCACCGGGACCCCCCUGCCGGCUAGUGCCCCCCCCGGCGUGGCCACCAUCCGCCGCACGCCCUCCACCAAGCCCUCAGUGCGCCGCACCCUCUCCAAUGCCGGGCCCAUCCCCAUCCGGCCCCCUAUCGUCCCGGUGAAGACCCCCACGGUUCCAGACUCCCCUGGCUACACUGGGCCCACUCGGGUGGGCAGUGAAGAGUGUGUAUUUUACGCUGACGACGCCUCACCAAACGCCAUGGACUUCGCCAAAGCCUCACCCAAGAGGCUCAGCCUCCCCAACACAGCCUGGGGUAGCAACACCAUGGAGAUCUCGGUGUACCCGGGUGCAGGGCAGCACCUCUCUGCGGAGGAAGAAGAGGACCAGCAACUGGCCGCCAACCGGCACAGCCUGGUGGAGAAGAUUGGCGAGCUGGUGGCCAGUGCCCAUGCCCUGGGUGAGGGCCAAUUCCCCUUCCCCACUGCUGUCCCUGGCCCUGGCCCUGGCCCUGGAGAGGAGAUGCCCACUCUGCCCCCAGCUGCUUCCAGCAACCCCCCUGCUGAAGACAUGCUGGUAGCCAUCCGGCGCGGGGUGCGCCUGCGCAGGACCAUCACCAACGACAGAUCUGCCCCCCGGAUAUUGUGAUGACACUCCCCCACCCACCGCACCCCAUGGGAAGAGAGCAAAUACCGGGUCUGGACUGAGCACAGAAGAGAAAUCAAUCCAGUAAAGAAUCACAGAGGCAAAGCCACUUUAUGGAGCUAGAGACGAGUUUAGAUUUAAAUGGAAAUUAAGUCUUCGCUAACAAACUUGCAAGGCGCUGCCUAGGAGGCACUGAACUGGUUUUGGAGCCUAUUUUAUAUUUCAUUUCUCACACCCUUCUGCUCCUCCUAGCUCCCCAUCCCCUUCCCACAUCUUGCUCCUGGCUGUUAAAGACUCCUCGCGGCCAGCAGGAGGCAGCGCUACAAGAGGAGGCCACUCCCACUGUGUGUUGUGGGGGAGGGGGGAAGCACGAACCUGGACUCAAAUAAGCAGCUACAUAAUAAGUAUAAAGAACACACACAGAUAGACACACACACACAACGCCAAGGACCGCUGGCUGCUGUUCCCCCACAAGCCACCUCCCUCCUCUUCCUCUGGAUGCAAGAUGCACUGUUAGUCCUGUGCUGAGCAUCCGACCAUCCCCCUCCUCUCUCCUCCCUCCCUCCCUCCCUCGUGGGCUGCAGUGAAAUGGCCCACCAAAGCAUCAGAGGAGUGGAUAGAGGUCCUGGCAUAUGCGGCCCUAUCCCCUGAGGUUCUUUGGGUGUCACUGCCUCCCCAAUAUGCCUUUGCUGGGGGAGCAGCUGCCCAUACAUGUGCUCCCUGGGAGCAGAUUUGGGGGCUAACACUUCAUAGUCUCCUGUUGAAAACUUGGCACUGUACCAAAAGCCAGGCUCUCUUCCCCUCCUGAUUAGCUGAGAUGUGGAAGGACUUCCCUGACUCUGUCCAGACCUCAGGCCAGGGGCCUUGGGUACAUGUGUUUCUCAGGAGGUUGGACUGCUUGUGUGGGUCUCUAGAUAUAUAGUGACAAGGCAGGGGUAGGGGUGCCCAGCCACAGCUCUGCUAGCAACCAGCAGCAUUGGUAGUUUAAAGGAACUGGCCUGCUCAAGAGUUACCUUUUCCCGCAUCCAGCUUCACAGCCCGCAUUUGCCCUAGGACUGGUUACCGAAGUACAAGGUAAAGGGGUUGCCAGACAGCUAGGAAUCCAGCAGGCUUCUGCUAGGUGUGCCUCUGAGUGUGCAGGGGGAUCUGGGGUUGGGUGUCCGGGGGCUGUUCGUGCAGCAUAGUCCUAUCUAGAUGUUUGUCUGCACGAGUGUGUGUCAAGCUGGGGGGUUGCUCAUGUGCCUGGCUGUGGAUGGAUGCAGGGUUUUGCAGCACGGUGGGGGGUGCAUCUUCCCACACUUACUCCUGCUCUCCCCUAACAGUCGUAGCCGCCAGAUCAGCACAAACACAGAACGCUGACAUGGAACAGGACAGCCAGUACCAGGCCCCAGUGGAUUUGUCAUGGUGAAGUGCCCUGGAGCUGGGAGGCCCAUCCCUGGCAUUAUGCUACACAGGGCUGUGCCACGGGGACUCAGUGCCCUGUGCCUUCCCUUUCCCAGUAAGAUGCCAUCCCAUGAAGAAUGGGAAUCUCAGGUCUUGCUCAGCGGCCAUUCUCCCCCCGCCCCUUCCAGACUCACAGCCAGUCUCACCUACUCCACACACAGUCUCAUUGAAAAGCAUGGGAACUCCCCACUCAGGAAGGUGUUACUCAGUGGGAGUAAAGGUAGCAGAGUCGGACCUGCCUCUUUUACAAACCAUCCAUUAGCCUCAAUGGCCUUGGCCUGCGAAAGGACCGACUGGAUGCAAGAUGGGCAGAGCUGGUGGGCCAGAGCCCACGAGCCCCGCUGGAGUUCUGUCUCAGUGAGGACAUGGUUCUCAUUGGGGCACAUGGGGGCCCUAGAUCACAGCUCCUUGUCAUUGAGCUCUGAUGGUACAUUUAAUGCUGCUUAGCCCAAGGCCUCCUGGGGCUAAUAAUGAUCAUGAGCAUCCCAAUAAUCAUGGCCUCGGGGCAUCUCCCAGCACCAGGUUACUGGGCACCUGCUUUCCCACUACUGCCAACCUGAUGAGGUGCUGUAUCCUUCCUCAGAAGUCAAUGGUGAAACACAGACUGUGGCACAAUCACUGUCCCCCUAUUAACUGGAUUUUGAGUUAGAGGCAGUAGAGCCACCGAAGGGUUAAUUUUGGAGGCGGGAGGGUGGGGACAGAUUUAGAGAUGACUGUCUGUGUUCUGUUCAUAACCUGGUCUGAUGGACACACCUCCCUCAUUGCUUAUAAUCUGGGCUUUGCCAUGGUGGUUGGAUAAAUACGGUGAGAGAACAAGAUCGGGGAGCUGCUGCAGGCCAGUGCGCUCCCAUAAAGACCUUGCAGCAGCCGUGCCAAAGGAAGGGUUCACUGAUUCAGCAUGAUCUGGAUCGCUUGGUAAACUGGGUGCAAGCAAACAAUACACAUUUUAAUAAGGGUAAAUGUCCAUGUACACAUCUGGUAACAAAGAACAUAGGCCAUGCUUGCAGCCUGGGGGACACUCUCCUAGCACGCAGGGACUGAAAGAGAUUUGGGGCAGUGGAUGGAUAAUCAGUGAACGUGAGUUCCCAGUGCAACUCUGGCCAAAAGAGCUAAUGCCAACCUGGGAUGCAUCAAUGGGAAUGUUGAGUAGAAGCAGAGAGGUUCUUUUGUCUCUGUAUUUGGCACUGGUGCGACCACUGCUGGAAUCCUGUGUCCAGGUCUAGUGCUCACCGUUCCAGAAGGAUGUGGGUAAAUUGGAGAAGGGUCAGAGAAGAGCCACAAGACUGAUUAAAGGAUUAGAAACCCUGCCUUGGAGCUCAGUCUAUUUAGCUAACAAAGAAAAGGUUCAGGGGUGACUUGUAGAUACUUAUAGACUGUGUUCAUGGGGAGCAAUCAUUGAAUAAUGGGUGCUUCCGUCUAGCAGAUGAAGGUCUAACAUAAGCCAGUGGCUGGCAGUUGAAGCUAGUCUCAUUCAGACUGGAAAGGAGGUGUACAUGUUUCAUGGGUAGAGUAAGUAGCCCUUGGAGCGAUUUAGCAAGGGUCGAGGUGGAUUCUUCAUCAGUGGCAAUGUUAAAAUCAAUGGCUGUUUCUUAAAAAGCUCUGCUCUAGGGAUUACUGUGGGGAAGUCCUAUGGCUGGUGCCAUGUUGGGGGGGUCAGACCAGGUGAUCCCAGUGGGCCCUUCUGGCCUUGGAAUCUGAAUCUAUGCCUGGCCUCCUCCAUGCCAUGCAUGUUGAGCUGGUAGAGUGUGAGGGUGCUCAAGCUCUCUGCCUCUUGCUCUUCCCUGCCUUCCUCCCCCCUCCCCAACCUACAACAUCUGUACUGGCUGACAGAAGGUGAGGGUUGGGAAGGAGGAGCAAUUUGUGAUGAGUGAGUGUGUGACUGGAGGGGCGGAAGUUAGGGGCAGGGUGUCCUGGUUGAACGGCAGUGGCUAUGUGAUCUGUAGGGUUUGGGUUUGGAAAGGGGAGAUCUGGUCUUUCCCUGCAUCUGAUUGGAUAGGAAUGAAUAGUACUCAACCAGCUUGCUAGAGAAAUGAUGAGUUAUGAUUGGUUGAGAGCGUGUCUAGUCAACCCCCUCCCUUCCUCACCCCUUAACCUUAAGAAGCCAGAAGCACUGGCCUUAUACCCAGGAUCCCUCCAAAGGACCGAUAGCUUAGAGGUAUCAUCAUCACCAGGUGGCCGACAGCAGUGGGAUGGGGACAGAGAACCACCAUUUGGCUAUUACAGGAGAAGGGAGCCACACGAGGGCUACCCUUGGCCUGGUAUAUUUUGCACUGAACAGUAGCUGAGCAGAGGGGAUCCUACAGCGAUGGGAGCCGUGUCAGACCCUGGAUAAGCAGACUGAGCUACUAUGAAUAGAAUGGCCCAGUGAUUGGGGAUCUCCAUUGAUUUUGGUGAGUUGCACCAGAGGUGAGCAGGGCCCUUUGAUUUUGGUGGAGUCGCACUGUAGUUUACUCCCAUGGUUUUGAUCUUACUGUUCAUCUCUCCUGUAGCCUGCCAGGCUUUCAACAGCAUGCUGGGGGUUGGCUCUCCUGUUCCUUGAGAAACAUUUCAGCCAAGCAGAGCAGCCCUCUGCCUCUCUGAAGCAGAUGUGUGAUGGGCGGGGUGGAGAGGGGGGAUUGCAUUAAGAAUAAAGGCCAAACUAGUAGCAUGCACCAUCCACCUCUGAUGUGAAAAGCAAAGGUUUCUGAACUGCAGCCAAGGAUCCGCGUCCCUGGGCUCCGAAGGUCUUAGUCAGUCUUUGAAAAUGGUUAUUUUAAGGAUCUGUAAAAGGCCUUUAAGAAAGCACAACCUCUCCUUCCUCCCUCCCUGGCCUUUUCUUUCGCCUUCUCUCUCCCGCUCCUCAUGCAAAGCACAGCAGAUCACCACGAUGUACAUAACUCCAAAUGGGAGUUCCCAGCCCGCUCCACCACCCCAGGGAUGUGUGUGUGUGUGUGUGUGUCGCAUCUCAACCCUGUUACUCUUACACUGUGUAAUAAAGAUUAGUUAUAACCUCUCUCCGUCCCGUCUCUCCCACCCCUCUUAUUGUGACCAGAGCUGAUGAUGACGCGUGACAACUGUUUGUUUUUUGGUUUUAUUUUUCAUUUUGUACAGAGAAAAAAAUUUCCUUUAAAAAAAUGUCUUUCGACUGAAGUAACUUUUCUGGUGCUGUUGUUAACUUGUUCCUUUUUUUUAAUUUAUUUUUCCCCCCCACCCCCGCUACCCUUUCCUCACCCUCUCUGUUUCUUUUCUUUUUCGGACAAUUAUCCUGUUCCCCACCCCGCCCUUGAUUUAAAUAGUCACUGCUACAAGUAACGAAUGCACUGUGAAGAUUCCAGUAUUAAUAAAAGUUGUACUGUAAUUAAUA